CUGGCAAUGAAGAUAUCCUUUUUGAAUUGAAAAAUUCUACGAAUACGAUGCCACCGUACAUACAUAGUUUGUCUCAGCACAUAAAGGAAAUUGGAGAUGUAAAUAAUUACCAAGUUUUUGCGUCGAUAAUGAGCAAAAGUAAUAAAAAUUUGUUUUCUGCUCAUAUAGACUACGUGAACAAAGAUAAAAAUACCCCAGUAAUUGUUGUUCACAAUAUCAAAAGGGAAAUUUCUAGUUUUACAACAACUUGUUUGAUUAAGCUCGGAUGGAUUAUUGUUGGACCGUUAACAAACUUCGACUUUAACGUCCAAUUUCCAUUGGCUUUUAAAAGUAUGAAACAAAGUGUAAAACAUAUAUCAGAAGAAAAUCAUAGCACCGUAAAAAUUACUAAUUACAAAACUUGUAUUUUGGGCAUUUGCGCGUUAGAAGCGGAUUCUCAAUCAAGUUCUAUUGGUAAUAUUGAUUUCACGAGGAAAGAAAAUUUUCCGUUAAGUUCUGUAAGCACCACAGAAUCAAUAGGGAUCAUCCAAUAUGACCUAAAAUAUGAUCCAAAAAAAAUGGACAUUGUUAUUGGUACACAUUUCUCAACUUAUAAAGAAUCAGCAUGUUUGUUUGUUUAUAACCUUAUAGACAAGCCUGUUGACGAAACGGUGUUGCGAAACUUAUCGCUAUACACAUGUGUUGUUGAUGUUGAUACUGAUGAGAGGUUUAAUUUUGGCCAAAAGCGUGUUAAGUGGGAACAUUCUGAGCAGGAAGAAAUAUCUUUCACUGAAAUCGAACCAAGUAUACUAUCUAAUGAUGAUUUGAUAUUAAUAAGUCAACUUUUUAAUGAUUGUCCGAAUUGUAAACGCGGGUUUGUUAAUGUCAAUUCCAAUACUGGUCAAGUUAUUUACAAAUCAUUGAAUUCUGAACUCUUGGAUUCGGUCGAAAAUAUUGCAUAUCUUUUAAUUCCUCAAGAGUCACAUGAUAAAUCUACCGAAUGUGGAAACAAAGAUAGAGCAUCAUUUUCUUCCUUUCCCUCAACAAUAAAUGCUUCUUUUACUUCAACAAUGGAUUCUUCUUUUUCCCAGAUAAUGGACGACGAAAUUGGGAUCACAAUAAUCAAGUCAGAUUCAGAAAAUAAUAGGACAGAGUUUUAUACGUUUUUUCCUCGAAAGGAAACUCUCAAUUUUAUUCGAACUAAACUUGAAGAAUAUGAUGAAUUUUAUAUGGGAACUAAUUGUCAUUUUAUAAAAAAUAAGGCUCCAAUUUCACGAAAAGAUGAGUCAAAAUUGAAUUUUAUGCAAAUAAUCGAGACACAUGAUAAUGGUAACAAUUUUUUAUAUAUUAAAGAAAAGGCAGAAUUCGAUAAGUUACGGUUAAAAAAUGAGAAAGGUUUCAAAUUUGAUAUAAAUGGCUCUAUUGAAAGUGCAAGCGAUAAAGCUUUUAAAAUCGAUAUCAACAAAAUUGAAUUUUCGGAUCCAGGAUUUGUUCGUGAAGAAAAAGAACACAAAUGCAAUCAUGCACCUAACGCUAAUUGUAAACGAAACCUUAUAAUUGAUGAAAAGUUUUCAGUUGCUUUAGAAUGGGUUUGUAAUUCGCUUAAAUUAUCUUGGAAAAACUCUAAACAUUCUAACAUACAUUUAUGUGAAUGGCGACCCAAAAAAGAGAUUAUAAUUUCAGACAUUAGUGCAACAAAUGAAUUUAUCAGAGAUGUUAAAGCUGCAUUAAAUAAUAAUGAAGAUAUAAUAAAGCAUCUUAGUUACGUAUCGGAAAAGUAUGGUCAUUUUUAUGCGCAUCAUCUUGUUUUGGGAGGGGCUAGAGUUAAAAAUAAAUCACAUGUCGUAAAUUCAGGUGAAUAUGGACUCAAACUCAGCUCUAUGUUUAGAUUCGGAUUUGGUACUAACGCCAACGUUGAGAAUGCGCAGAGUUUCCAUGGCGACAAUUAUACCUCUAUUAUCGGUGGAAACAAAGCUAAAUAUUUUCAAGAUGGCAUGAAAUCUUGGGACGAAUCUCUCAAAGAUGCGUCUACAUGGAAAAUAAUUGGAUAUGACAAAAUUUAUUCAUUGUUUGAUUUGUUGAAUGAAGAUUUACAAAAAGAAGUUUUGAAUGCUUUUAGGCCAUCGACUGGUACUGAAGAUAUCCCUUUUAAAUUGAAAAAUUCCAUGAAUGCAAUAUCACCACCGUACAUACACAAUUUGUCUCCGCACAUAAAGGAGAUUGGAAAUGUAAAUAAUUACCAAGUUUUUGCGUCAAUAAUGAGCAAAAGUAAUAAAAAUUUGUUUUCUGCUCAUAUAGACUAUGUGAACAAAGAUAAAAAUACCCCAGUAAUUGUUGUUCAUAAUAUUAAAAGGGAAAACUCCAAUUCUACAAUUUGUUUAGUUAAGCUCGGAUGGAUUAUUGUUGGACCGUUAACAAACUUUGACUUUAACAUCCAAUUUCCAUUAGUAUUUAAAAGUAUGAAGCAAAGUGUGAAACAUAUGGCAUCCAUAAAAGAAAAUCAUAGCACUGUAAAAAUUAAUAAUUACAAAACUUGUAUUUUGGGUAUUUGCGCGUUAGAAGCAGAUUCUCAAUCAAAUUCUACGGGUAAUAAUGACUUUACGAGAAAAGAAAAUUAUCGGUUAAGCUCUGCAAGCAGUGUAGAUAUUACAGAAUCAACAGAGACCGUCCCAUAUGACCUAGAAUAUGAUCCAAAAAAAAUAGAAAUUGUUCUUGGUACACAUUUCUCAACUUAUAAAGAAUCAGCAUGUUUGUUUGUUUAUAAUCUUAAAGAUAUAGACAAGCCUAUUGACGAACCGGUUUUGCAAAACAUAGCGCUAUACACAUGGUGA